UUUCCAACCAAUAACAGCUCCGAGUCACCACUACUGUUUAUCUGUCAAACGCUUCUCAGACAAGCAGUUGAUGAUCAAAUCAAUGUCCAGGGGGAAAGGGCAUACAUGUUGAUCUCUAUCAAAGUGAAAAAUCUUGCUGAAAUUCUAGUCUCGGCUUUGGAUCCGUCUGUCUUACACCAGCGGAUCUCGAUAAUGUAGAGAAAGGGCGAGCCCGAUUAGUCCAUUUGAAUCAGAUUGGGAUGAAAUGGGAGUCUCGAUUCGGAGUGUUCAGGUUCUGAUUAAGUUGAAGAGAAAAUGAAGGGUGAAUCAAAGAUUAUGCGAAGGAGAGGAAGAUGCUUGGCUUGGUUCAGCGUUUUAGAGAAAGAAGGUGAAGGAGGAGUAUAUGGUCGGAAGCCAGAUGUUCAGGAUAUCACAAAUCGUAUAGAUGAUUUAUCACUGAACACACUCCUUGAUGGAAGCUGUGCGUAUCCAAGUUUAGGAAAAGACAAAGGGAAGAAAGCAGCAAUACCAACUGAUAAUAUUAUGCAUUCUAUUGGAAAAGCUAGCUUGAUUCUUCAACUCCCAAGGUCACGCCAGCCCCAAAAUAUUUCUGAGGUUGAUAGCUUUUCUAAUAAGAAAAUUUCCACAUUCCCAUCGAGCUCUGUUCCAAUUGUAGCAAAUGGUGAUAAUUUCGAUUCUUGCAUGACAGAUGUAUCGUUGACUGACAAGGUUGAGGACUGUUGUACUUUAGCUGAAGCUUCUUUUAAGCUGCUCGAUUUUCCAUUAUGUAAACCUAAAGAUGUUUUGAAAGGCCUUGUGCUUCCUCCACCCAAGGAUUUGGAGUCUUUGCUUCUGGAUGCAACUAAGCCUGCUGUAUCAUCUAGGAACACUCCUGACAUGCGUCCGCGCAAGCAAAUGUCUCGUAGAGCUAGCUUGCCGCCGUUUCCUUGGUCAAACACUUUUAAUGGUCAGUGUAGAGUCAAUUCUGAUGCUACGAAAUUAUUAACAAGUAAGAGUACAUGCCAAGGAAGAUGGGUAAGAAUACAAAGUUCUGCUAGUUGUCUCAGGACUGGCAUCGGUUGCUUUGCAAAUUUGGAGUCAUUAGAUUAUGAUGAAAGUCUAGUUCCUUCAGAAGAACAGAGGUUAGGUUUUAAAGAAAAUAGCACUACUCCAUCUGUACCUCUGUGCCUUUCUUGGGGCAAAAUGUGUUCGUCAUCACCUGCCACCUGUGCUAGAGCUCUGUGUGCUUCUCAAGUUGAGCAUUGUCCAGCUGUAUUGGCUGCAGCUCAAACCUUGUAUGACAUGACAACUAACACCGUGAGACGAAACCAAGAAGGAAUAGUAAGGUGGAUAAAGAAGCCUUCACAGAGGUCUGCUCAGAAAGCCAUGAAAAGUUGCAAGUCAAAAUUGAGUGAGAAGGCUGAAGAAUUAUUUUCAACAAGGUUUGUGGUAAUGGAAUCUGAUGAUUUAGCUUCAUCAAGAAUUGCUGCAAAUCAGAUGAUGCCUUCAAAGAGAACUAAGCUUGGCCACUCUGCAGUUGAGAAUAACAGUGAAAUUGGAUCAACCAAAUAUGCUAGGAAAAGACCAGCAAAUUGGUUGACUCUAAGAUCAAAUAGAUCAGCACCGAACGAGUCAGUUAGGCAUUUGAUUGCUGAAACGAGCCAUUCUGGUGCUGUCAUUGUGAAGCAAUGAUGUGUAUUGCAAUCACCAGCAAAGUUUUUGGACAAGGCCUGCGACAGUGGAAAGAAGUUUCUUAAUAUUUAUGCAAAUGGAGUGGAACAAGGAAGCCUUUUAACACAAAGGCCACAAAAACACAGUGACAUUAGUUGUCACUUGUUCGAUGUCAUGUAAAUAUCUUGUUGUAGGGGAAGCAAUGAUGUGGUCAGUGAAAAGAAUAUGCUUCAAGGAGAUUCAUAUGGAAAUGGCAAAAUAGCAUUACCAUGCUGUAACGUUAAAAGGCAGUUGUAGAUUACAGCAGGAAUUCCUUGCCUUGUGUAGAAUAUUUGAGAAGGCAAUACAAAUUUGACUCUGUCCCAACGGUGUGGAUUUUUUGCUCCUUGGUUUACUAUUGGACUUUUCUUACUGUAUUA